UGUUCAGAUAUCGCAGAGGGAAAGUCGACUUGUGACAGUAGAGUAUACACAUUUGCGAAUGUUCUGUGUUUGUAAUUGUAUUUCUUUGUAAAAUCAUAAGCCAGUUCGUCCCGAUACUAUGUAUGCCAUGAAAAAAAAUAAAACUAGACAGAAAAGCAAGGCGGACGCGAAGUCCAACAUGGACCCACGAUCUAUCUUGAGGAGAAAAGGCAAAGAUUUCGACGCCAGGCUGUCCAUAGAUAAUGAAGGAUUUACGGAUAUUGGUAACUUUCAUACGGUAGAAGGUGGGACCGCACGGACUCCAGAAAAUGGUACAGCAAGGACUACCCCGGUCCCUGAACGCCAGGCGACGGGUUUCGGAAUGUGGAGACGUGACGACGGCCUACCAGGAUGCCGGACUUGCUGUGAGAGAGUUCUAGUCUGUUGGGUGAUCGUAUCUUUGAUAUUUAUUGCUGGAACUAUCAGUUUAAUUCUGUUGCUGCUUGAUGGACGAAUUGAAGUAUGGAAUCCUAAAUUUCAGAAAAUAACCAAGUUACCAGACAUCUGUAUCAGCCCAGCCUGCGUCCAGGCCGCAGCCAGGAUACAACAGUCCAUGAACAAUACAGCGGACCCGUGCGAAGACUUCUACACCUACGCCUGCGGUAAUUGGGUUAAAGACAACGUUAUACCAAUUCGUCAGCAGGAGACUUCAGUUAUCAAUCAAAUGCAACGCCAGAUAACAUUAUUCUUCAAAGAGCAAUUAGAGUACGUUAUAAAAGAUUCAGAUUCGCAAAUGUUUAGGACGAUUCGACAGUUUUAUAAAAGUUGCCAAAAUUUCUCAUCCCGGACACCAAAAGGCUUCACUCCAGCCAUGGAUAUUGUAAACGAGCUUGGAGGCUUUCACCUUAUUGGUCAACCAUGGACGCAUGAUUUUGACCUGACGAAUUUGCUUGCCAAUAUGACAAGAUAUGAUUCCAGCAGUCUGUUCGAUGUUCGCGUCCUCAAGGAUGGCUUAAACAGUAGUCGAGGAAACGUUAUAACGUUAUCACCCCCGCAGAGAUGGGAAAAGUUGAUGUCACUGAUCAAUAAACCGAGAGCAACUACCACACCGGGUUACGCCAAUAUUCAUGAUUGGCUUGCCUCCCUCUAUCGUUCCAUCUACAGCGGUGUGAAUACGGACGUCGAUGCAUUUGCAAAGGAAGUACUUGACGUAGCCAUCAAUAUAUCCUCACAUUCGUCGCCCAUCAAUUACGCAAGUGACUACUUCUGGAAUGCAUACAGCACAAAUGAACUGUCCACCAAACUAACCUCCGAGAUAGACUGGCAACGUUUUCUCGAGCUGAUCACAAACAAGACUGGUCUGUAUGAAAAAAAGUUCGUAUAUGUAGUUAGGCCAGAAUAUUUCCAAGUGCUUGAUGCAGUGCUGGGAAAGGCAAGUAAAAGUUCCAUCAACAAUUUGAUCUACACGUCCUUUCUAAUCGACAGUCUCCCAUACCUCUCACAGCAAGCCAUCUCAAAGAUGAGAACCUACUACGGGUCGGAACUACCUGAUGAUGAUGACACUGACCUCAUGUGCGUGAAUGAUGUGUUGACGUACUUCCCCUCUGCCAGCGAACUGUUAUACAUCAAAAGAUUUUUCUCUGGUAAUAUCGGGAUGUUUCCAAAGAUUGACGUCAUGAUUGAUAACAUCCGGAAUGGCCUGAUCAAGCUAAUUCAGAACGGGACAUGGAUUGAUAAUUAUCACAGAGAGAAAAUCAUUGAAAAAGUUAAAUAUAUCAGGAGAAAGACUGGCUUUAAUGAGGAGAUACUGAACGAAGAUAACAUGAAACAACACACCACUACAAGUGAGGUCAUACCCGAGAAGUUCUACAGCACAGUAAUGGGACUAAGGCUUGCCCAAACGCGACUCAAGUACCAACAGACAAAUUUCUCAGUUAAGCCGUUUACACGACAUUCCGGACCAUUAAAUCGUGAAUUUACUGUAAACGCAUUCUACAGUCCCCAAGAAAACCUGAUAAAACUUCAGACCGCAAUCCUGGCGCCUCCAAUUUAUUCUGAUGGGGCCCCAAAUUAUAUCAAUUAUGGAUCCUUGGGAUUUAUUGCUGGUCAUGAGCUGAACCACGGAUUUGACCUGACAGGGAGCCUCUUUGACAAGUAUGGUAACCAAAUCCCAUGGUGGCCUAUAACAGCAUCCCCGGACUAUGAUGAACGAUCUAAUUGUUUCCUGGAAGAGUACAGCAACAUGGCAGUGAGAUUUGAAACAGAAAAUAAGACACUCGUGGUGAAUGGCAGUAGAACGUUGCAGGAAAACAUUGCGGAUGUCGAGGGACUCCGAGCAGCUUAUCAGGGGUACACGUCAUGGCGUGGCGAAAAUGGCAUUGAAAAAAUGUUACCAGGCUUCCAUAACAGUUCUUACACGCCGGAGCAGCUCUUCUUUAUAUCAGCAGCACAGGUUUGGUGCCAGCGAGCACACACCUCAGAGAUGGAACGAAUAGUCACGGAAGAAGCCUCGGCACCGAAUAGAGUCAGGGUAUUAGGAAUGAUGAAAAAUAUUAAGGACUUUGCCAACGCCUUCAAGUGUAAAUCAAACUCAAAUAUGAACCCGUCGAGAAAGUGUCACAUAUGGUAAACAUUAUCCCUGGUUUAAGGGAACAUCUACUUUCAAGGGGAUCUGCCGUUUUUGUAGCAGCCAUGGGCUAUGACUUGGCGUGAUUUUCGUAGAAGAAUCUGCUAGUUUUGUCGAGAUAUCACAGGAGAACAUUGUUUCUUCACGAACGUACAAACCGCUGUGAUGAGUCCGGACCAGAGGACCAUGGACCUCCAUAAAGAAUAAUUAACAAAUAGCAUAAUUCUGGAACACUGCCUUUUAUUCUUCCUGAUGUACAUAUAUAUAUACAUAAACAAUGAUACAGUUGGGUGUGUCCGCCUCGCACUGGUGAAUGUUUGCUUCCAAAUAAUCGGUCAAGUCACCACCAGUCCCGGGCCGUCACAUUUCACGCCAAAAUGGCAGCCGAAAUCUUGGUGAUUUCACAAAUAAAACGUGAAGUUGAAAAUGCUUUAUGUCAUCUGAAGCUUCAAGUCCAAACAACUAAAAGUAUUCACUACAUCACAUCACCAAGAUCAGAGCCAUUUCGAAGCAAAAUACAGAAAACUUUCUCGGCUAAUUUUGAGAAAAUGUAUCGUCUGCAUGUGUAUGUGCUCUCCUCGUGCAUGGCAUAUACACUGGAUAGUCACACACGCAGGCGAACACGAUGAAUGCCAGCUGAGAAGUGACUUUGUUUGGUUCACAAUAGUUAAACAGUCCACCAAUCAUACACGCCCAAAGUCAUAACACGGCAAAUUACCAUUACACAGUGAGUACUGUCCAUUUUACAAAGCAUUUAGUAAACUGUUUACUUCAAUUA